CCUCCCCGCCGCGGCCGCUGCUGAUGUCAGCCUCGCUCGCGCUCGCUCCUCCCGCACCCACCUCCCGGCCCCAGGCACACUGCAUCGGCGCGGACGCUCCGGCCCCGGCAAGGUGGCUGCAAACUCGCGGGCACGCACGGCGCCCGGGGAGCCGAGGGACUCGGGGGAGGGGACGCGCGCGGAAGGCGCCAGCUUCCUCCCGCCCGCCCCUGGCAGCCGCGAGCCGAGGUUGGAGGCGCCCGGGGCCCCAGGCGGGCAGAGCCGAGCGGCCGCGGCGGCGGCUUCCCUUUUCUCCCGGAGCCGAGCCCCAGAGCGGCGCGGGGACCGGCCCUAAAAAGAGCAGGAAAUCUUGUUUACCGCCUGCGGAGAGGAGCCGAUCGAGCCUUUGUCUGGAAAGUCAGCAUCUCCGGCUCCGGCUGCUAUGUGUUCCUGGUGACAUUAGCCUCGGGCAGACCCGCUGAAGGAGGGCGGUCGCCAGGUUCCCGUCUGCUUUCGGGGGCGGAUUGAGCGGGGGACUUUUGUGCAUUCGUUUUGAUUUUGGGGAACCUCUCUUUUUUUCCUCCCUCGCCCGCUGCCGGGCAUGUCCUGAUCUGGCGGCCGCUCCUACCACCUCGGGCUGAGGAGCAGAGCCGUCCCCAGCGGGUCUCCCUGCUGCCUGACUUUGCAACACCGCGUUCCGGGAGCACCGGCCUCGGCGACGGAGGAGGCGGGGAAGCCGCGAACACCCCAGACCCAAACCCUGACAUGCUACGGGGCGGAGAGGAGGAAGCCAGGAGCUGAGCGCGCCGCGGGGGCUGCUUCGCCCGCCGGCUCCGAGCGCUGGGCUCCGGGCGCCCUGCCCUGCGCCUGGGCGGCAGCCUUGCUGGUCUGGGGGGCGCCCCCCGCUUCCCGCCCUGGGGGUCCGCGGCCGGCAGGACCAUGCUGCUGAAGGAGUACCGGAUCUGCAUGCCGCUCACCGUGGACGAGUACAAAAUUGGACAGCUGUACAUGAUCAGCAAACACAGCCAUGAACAGAGUGACCGGGGAGAAGGGGUGGAGGUCGUCCAGAAUGAGCCCUUCGAGGACCCUCACCAUGGCAACGGGCAGUUCACUGAGAAGCGGGUGUAUCUCAACAGCAAACUGCCUGGUUGGGCUAGAGCUGUCGUCCCCAAAAUAUUUUAUGUUACAGAGAAGGCUUGGAACUAUUAUCCCUACACAAUUACAGAAUACACAUGUUCCUUUCUGCCGAAAUUCUCCAUUCAUAUAGAAACCAAGUAUGAGGACAACAAAGGAAGCAACGACAGCAUUUUCGACAAUGAAGCCAAAGACGUGGAGAGAGAAGUUUGCUUUAUUGAUAUUGCCUGCGAUGAAAUUCCAGAACGGUACUACAAAGAAUCUGAGGAUCCUAAGCACUUCAAGUCAGAGAAGACAGGACGGGGACAGUUGAGGGAAGGCUGGAGAGACAGUCAUCAACCCAUCAUGUGCUCCUACAAGCUGGUGACUGUGAAGUUUGAGGUCUGGGGGCUUCAGACCAGAGUGGAACAAUUUGUACACAAGGUGGUCCGAGACAUUCUGCUGAUUGGACAUAGACAGGCUUUUGCAUGGGUUGAUGAGUGGUAUGACAUGACAAUGGAUGAAGUCCGAGAAUUUGAACGAGCCACUCAGGAAGCCACCAACAAGAAAAUUGGCAUUUUCCCACCGGCAAUUUCUAUCUCCAGCAUCCCCCUGCUGCCUUCCUCUGUCCGCAGUGCGCCUUCUAGUGCUCCAUCCACCCCUCUCUCCACAGAUGCACCCGAAUUUCUGUCCGUUCCCAAAGAUCGGCCCCGGAAAAAGUCCGCCCCAGAAACUCUCACGCUUCCAGAUCUUGAGAAAAAAGCCACCCUGAAUUUACCUGGCAUGCACUCUUCAGAUAAGCCAUGUCGGCCCAAAUCAGAGUAACUUUAUAGAAAUAUCUCAUGGGGUUUUAUAUUUUCGUUUUGUUUUUUUUUUUUUUAAGAAUUUUCUGAUAGAGAAAAAGACUGCUUUGUCACUCAAACAUGUUCCUUCGAACUCUCAGUGUGCAUGUGAUUCAGUAACUUCACAUAGAAUAUGAUUACCUAAGUAUGCCAUACAGCAUCAUAUUAGAUGUAAGAUGUAAGACCUGCAAAGGACAGAAGGAAUCUUCUGUAACCACAGCUGUAAGCCAGAGAGGAAGCCUUGUUAUUGGGCAUUUGAUGAGGUUGGCAUGGACUUCAAGGAUAAAUGAAUGAAAACUUUGCACCACUUUGUUACAAGGUAUGGUAGGAAAUAGUGAAGUCAGUUUCCUCUCAUCAAAUCUAAAAUUCUCCAAAAUACUCUCAGGCGUAACAUGCUUAAUUGUUAAGUUUUGAACUGCUAAUUACCAAUACUUGAAUACCAAUAGUUACUGAGACUCCUAUUUUGGUUAGUCUGACUCAGGAUUUGGGGCCUAAUUAACUCUUUAAACUUUUGAAAAUUUUAGUCAUCAAGCUAUAGAGGCUCCAAGUGCAAUUAAUAAUAACUUAUUUAUACCUUCCACAGAAUUUAAUAAAGAUUCUACUUGUUUCCGUCUUUUAAUAACUUUCCCUUUGUGCCCUUGUGGCCUCAGAAAUCCUUAAGAAUUGCAUGGAUGAACGUGACCAUAACUGAUUUUAGAAUGGUUCAGUUUAGGAACCAAGAGGUCCAGGUGAGGCAACAGCUUUUUUCUCUACAGGUACCAAUAAACCUUGACUUGUCAGCUUCCGUCAUCCAUUAAGAUCCUCAGAAUUUGCAAUUAAUUGAAUAGAAUUCAUUUACUAUCUGCCCUCUCAAAGAAGUUCAAGGGCAGAGUAAGCUAACUGGGCUUACUAUCAGAAUGUCUGGUGCAUGAACCAUUAAAAAGAGAACUGUCUCCCAUCCCCUUCCUUGUUUUACUCUUAGUAACAUCCAGAAUUCCCUGGAACAGAUUGCCUAACCCUACCACCAGACCUUAGGAAAGACUGUCAUUCUCUUACUCCUUGCUUGAAAUACAAAUAUGGGGAAGUGACAGACAUCAAGUAACUACUGUCAAGUAAGAGGAGAGAAUGAGCGGAAUUGCUGACUCCUAUUUGUGGAGUAAAAAGGAGACGCGAUAAUAAAUUCCCUUCUGUCUAGCUUUCCUUUCUUCAACUAGUGGUAAUGCAAGAUUAGAAUCAAGGUUGACAGGAGGCAAGAUCACUCGUGGAAGUGGCAGAAAGACAAAUCUCCUUUGCUCUAAAGAGAGGAAUCUGUCACCUUUGCACCUCACUGCCUUUAAACACAGACGGGAGGGCAGGCAGAAUCUCAGCAUUGACUUUUGUCCUCUGAGAGAGGAAAAGAAGAAGGUAAUUGGGCAAAUCCAAGGCCCAUGCCCCAGCUAGCCUUCCUGAUCGUAACCUCUAACCUCAGGAAAGGGACCUUCCCAAAACACAGAUCCCAAAGGAAACAAAAUAGACCAAGGAGCAUAUUGUGCUUCUCUCACACAGCCUCUCUGCCAGUGGACCCUGCCUGCUUCCCUCUCAGUGCUCAGCACUCUGAGUAGUGUCUUUCAGGUCGAUACACUCUCCCAAGGUGCAGGCGCUGGCCCCAUGAGCCCAGCACCAAAGUUUUCUAAGUCAUAGGUCAGACUAUCAAGAUCAUUUCUUUAUCCAUAGGUUGAUAUUUAGCUUAAAAAAAAAUAAACCUAGAACUCAAAGGAAACCCAUUACAAAUAGCUUAGCUCAACAGUGUAUCUCUUCCCUAAGAAUGAUAGUAUCUUAGUAAGACACCUUCUAUGCAUGGUAUGGAAGCAUGAUUUUUGCUUGUGGGAAAACUUAAUCUUUUAUCAAACCCCUCGGACUUCUCAAUUCCUCCCUCCCCACAGUAGUACUUAAUGAAAAUGUUUUGCUUUAGAAAGCAAAAUCCUACUUUUAGAAGACACUGAAAUCAUAUAUGUAUUUGCUUACCAUUUGCAAGCUGAAAUCAAGGUGGGGUGGGGUCAUUAUUUUCAUGUAGAAUGUAUUUAUUUUGUGCAGGUUGUUACCACAUCUGGCACCUAGUUUUUCCAUUAAUAUCAUUGCUAUUUUCCCUUUUUAUAAAGUAGCUUCCGCUGUCAAGGUCAACAAUUCUAUAUGCUUUAGGAAGCUAAGGUCUAAUUUCCUUUUGUGAGUCUCAUUUCUUUUAUAACCAGUGUGAUACCACAGACAUCAGUUGCAAAGCUACCAUGAUAGUGUGAUUCUUAGCCAAAAAAAAAGUGUGUGCUCUUAAAGUAUGUUCAGUUUUUCUGUCUCCAUGUGCUUUGUGUGCAUUAAAAAGGGGCUGGGGGGGGUGCAGACAUUCCUUUAGCUGCUUUGCAAUAUUUAACCCAGUCAUCAAAAGGCAUAAAUGACUUUCAAUAUUUGAUAUAUCUUGGUUUUCAAAUAUCAUUUUACAUCCUCUAUACAUGACUUUGUUAUUGUGGAAUACAGGCCUGCCAUGGAUGUAUAUAUACAGAACAUUAAUAAUUCUUAUAAGGGUGGAAGUCAAAUGGCUGCAUGAUGGAAAUUAGAAGAAAAAAAAAGCAGAAACUUGAAUUUGCUAAGCAUGUUUGGGGGGAAAUAGAACUCUUAACUCAGUGCCUCUGUCUGCGAUAGGGAAACCUUCAACUUUGUUCACCAAAAUUGUAUUAUACCUGUGUAUAUAUAUAUAUAUAAAUAUGAAUAUAGUAGAGUGAAUCAGACACCAUGGUUUUAAGUCUCUGGUAGCCAAGUUUAAAUAAAUAAUCUAUAGAAUAUCACAUGUUCACCAUCUCCAUCUCUGAAGUUAGUGGACUUCAUCAAAAAGACUGUAAAUUUCAUUACUCUGGGAGGAUUUCAAAUGUGAAAUGCCUCUGUGUGUUUUGUUGGCCCAAGCACAGCAUUCUUGCUUUAGCUGUGCUUUCCUAGGAUGAGAAGAUCUUGGUGUUUUUAACAUAUAAGCUUGGUUAGAAAUCACCUCUGAAGAUCAUUUCAUUCUCUCACUUUGGGCUGUUGCAAGACAAAGCAAAGGAAGAUAACAACGAAGGAAGCCCGUGACAUUUUAGUUACCACCGUUGUAACUCAGACAAUAAGGGUUUGUUGGUGAACCGACUUAUCAAGGCUUCUGUUACGGUUUUGCAUCUGUAUGUGGGGAAAAUGAUUUUAAUUUAUUUGGAAGUAUUUAUUAGCCAUGAUGUUGGUCCUGAAGAUAAAUCUCUAAGUAGCACACUUGUGGGUAUAUUAUGCAGACACUUACGAUACCUGCAAAAGUUACUGUGGUUUUUCUUUCAAGACACUGUGAUCAACAGUGAACUAAGAAGAGAUUCUGACACAUCUCGAUAAAUCAUUCUCUGCAAAAGUUUCAGGGCUAACGUAUUUAUGUCUAUUUUUAAAUUCUUUCUUUGGCAUCUCUUCAUGGCUCAGAGACAACAAGGUAAUAAAUAGGUCAUUGGCUGGCUUAGGUCAACAGGAAUUUUAAGAAGGGCCAGUGUAUAACUGACUCUACAUAUAAUGUGUAAUCAGAUAAUCCAAUAGAGAGGAGUUGCCCAAAUGGCUUUAGUACCUUUCUGAUCAUCUGACUCAGCAGGCUAGGAGACAGUCUGUCAUCUGAGCCAUAGUUCAUGAGAUUUAAAAAGUCUGUCCAGUGACUGCAAUCUGGUUAUAAACAAACUAUUUUAAACUAUUCAUUCUUGCUGAAACUGAAGUGUACACAAUAGCACAGUGUUGGCAUGCUGAGGCAAAACAUUGGGUUUUGUGUUCUACCUUCGAAACAAUCCAUUUGCAUUUGAAAUAUAAGUGUUUAAGCUUUUAGGCAUUAGUGUAAUAAGGGAACAUGAAUACGUUGGGAAAUUUUCAGAUGCCAUUAAUAAUUGUAAUUUUGUUGUUAAAUUAACAAGUCCUUUAGGAUAAGCCUCUUGAUGUUUUUGCUUUAAACUGAAAGCAUGUCUGUUGAACUGCAAAUCCCCCUUCAGUUUCUAUGUAUCACCCAGAAGAGGUUCUUUGAGUUGCUGUUGUACCUAUACCAUUCACAUGUAGUGUCAAGUGUAAUUUUGUGUUUACACUCAAGCUGGGAUCUUGACUGGUUAAAUUAAUCCACAUACCACUGCCACUGCUGAAGGACCAGGUGUUGGCAUACACAGCGUUACAGACUAUAAGCAAAGCAAACAAAAGUUGAUCCUCACAUAUGCCAUCCUUCUGUGUCAUUUUGUGGCUGUUCUGCGUUUAUCUCCCUAGUUAUUUAUUAUUGUUAAUAACUUACUUUUUCUUACGUUCUGUUGUAAAUAAAAUAUGAAGCAAUCUUC